AUGGAGGUAUUUCUUCAAUUAAUAGGAUGGCAUAGACUUGCUAUUCCAUCAAGUUUAAGAUUAUUUGUUAAUGGAGAUAUUACUCUUUUUAAUUGUGGUGAAAAUGUUCAACGUUUUUUAAAUGAACACAAAUUACAUUUGGCUAGAAUAAAAAAUAUAUUUUUUACAAAGAUCACUCCAGAAAGUAUUGGAGGAUUAAUUGGUCUUUUAUUAACAAUAGAUAAUAUAUCAGACGGUGAAAUAACAAUAUAUGGUUUUCAUCCUCUAGAAAGUAUUGUAAAGAGUUUUAUGUCAAGCUUUGCAAAAAUGAAAAGUACUAAAAUUAAAAUUGUUCAAUUUGAAUUGAAUGAAUCGUCAGUAAUUAAUUUAAAGGGUAAUGUAGUCAUUACACCUAUAUUGAUAAAUAAGGAAAAAGAAAAAAUAACAGAAAAUAGUAUUCAACAGGAUUAUAUAAUAAACGAAAUAAAUGUUAAUAAUAAACUAAUUUUAAAGCAUAACAACAACAAUAAGGAUAGCGAUAAUAUUAAUAGUAAUAUUUAUAAUAAUAUUAAUAAUAAUCAUAAUAAUAAUAACGAAGUAAACUUAAUUGUGGAGGAUAAUAAAAUGUGUGAAAAUAUUUUUACAGAACAAAUAUAUUCUAAUAACAUGUUAAAAAAAAGGAAAUUAGAAAAGUCACUUAUGGACACAACAAAUGAUACCGAUUCCUUAAUUAUGAAUAAUAUAAAACAAACAAUUGUGGAAGAAAAAAAAAAAGAGUUUCAAUGUAUUUGUUAUUUAAUUGAAUGUCCUCAGACACCUGGAAAAUUUUAUCCCGAAAAAGCCAAAAAGUUAAAUAUUCCAUCAGGAAAAUAUUAUGGUAUAUUAAAAUCAGGAAAAUCUAUUACUAUAAAUAAUAGAACUAUUCAUCCUGAAGAAGUAUGUGAUAAAAAUAUUGAUGGGAGGAAAGCAUUAAUUAUUGAUUUAGAAAAUGAAAAUGAUAUUAAUGAUUUAAUUAAUCAUCUUAAAAAUAAAGAAACAUUAUAUUUAAAAAAUUUAGAAUAUAUUUUUCAUUUAUCAAAUGAAAAUAUUAUAAAUAAUAAAAUUUAUAAAGAUUUCUUUUUAGGUCUAAAAAAUGUAAAAAAUGUGAAAUGUAAUUUAUCAAACGAUUCUUUGAAAGUAUGUCCUUUCAUAUCUUCAUCUUCCUUAAAUAAUUUCCUUUCGAAAUUGUUGCCAAACAUUUUUUUAAAAUAUAAAGCGGACACUCCUAUUUAUGAUUUGCCUUAUGAAAUAUCAAUUAAUGAGCAUAAUGAAAAUGAUAAAGAAAAAGAACAAAGAUAUAAUAAUUUCAAUAAUAAUGGGGAUAUGCAAAAAGUACUUGUUAAUAAUAUUGAUGUAGAUCAUCAAAAAAAGGAACAAAAUAACACAUUUUGUAAUAAUAAUUUUAAUAUAAAUGAUAAACAGCAAGAUCAAAAUAACACAAUUUGUAAUAAUAAUUUUAAUAUAAAUGAUAAACAGCAGGAACCAAAUUGUAGUUAUCUUAUUUUUAAUCCACUGACCAAAUUCAUUUUGCAUCCAUAUCAUAAAAUUGACAUUUGUUUAAGUGAAACAAUAUCAGACUUAUAUCCUGAUAUUUUUAAUACUUCAAAAAUAUCAAAUAUAUUAAAAGAAAAUGAAGAAUUAUUAAAACAUUUUCAAAAAUUCAAUGAAACACAGUUUAAUAAAAUGUUAUCAUACCCUUGCUUUUAUUUUCUUGGUACAGGUUGCUCAAUGCCUUCAACAUUUCGUAAUGUAUCAGGUAUUAUUUUAAGCAUACAAAAAAAUUUUAGUAUUAUCUUAGAUUUUGGAGAAGGUUCAUUAUAUCAAUUAUAUUGGAUGAGUACAUCUUGGAUAAAUUUUUGUAGCAUUAUUAAAUCAUUCAGAAUAAUUUUCAUUUCACACGCACAUGCAGAUCAUCAUGUUGGUCUUUAUUAUUUAUUGUAUAUGAGGAAAUACCUUUUUCCAUCCUUAGAUGAUCCAUUAAUAUUAAUUCCUAUAACCUUGAAAAAGUGGAUCAAUUUAUUUAAUGAAUUAUUUUUUGAUAAGAAAUUAAAAUUUGUAUAUCUUACCGAAAAUUUAGAAAUAAACCAACAAAUUGAUGAUGAGAACGACAUUUUGAAUAUUCACGUGUUUAAGGUUAAUCAUAUUAACGAAUCUUAUGGUAUCAAAGUAGAAAAUAAAAAAAUAGGAUCCAUUGUUUAUUCUGCGGAUACAAGACCAUGCGAAAACGUGAAAAAAUUUUCCAAAAAUUGUGACAUUUUAAUACAUGAAGCUACCUUUGAUGAUGAAUUAUUAGGAGAAGCAAUUAAUAAAAAACACUCUACUACUAAAGAAGCUAUGGAUAUAAGUUUGGAAGUACAAUGUAAAACAUUAAUAUUAACACAUUUCAGCCAACGAUAUCCAAAGGUGCCAAAAAUAAAUAUGGAGUGCUCAUCAGAAAUGCAAGAAAUAUUAAAUAAAACCAUAUAUAGUUUCGACUAUAUGAAUAUACCCUUAAACUUAAUAAACGAAUUGCCUAGAUAUUUCACGAUAUUAUUAAAUUUAUUAGAAAAAACAUUUUAA